AUGGCUUCUCACCAUGCUCACAUCUCCUGCCACCACCACUGCCAAAACCCUGCCCCUAUCACGGCCACCUCCACCACCAUUGCCACUUGCUGUUGCAGCUGCCAUUACAACCAUUGCUGCAUCCAAACUCACCACCCUUCUCCACCACCACCACAACAGUUAUCGAUUGACCCACUUCUCCAAGCUCUUGGCUCUCUCCUUCAGCAGCAGCAGCAGCUACCCAAUCUAUACCCUUCCUGCACUAACAAACCUCACACCCAGAAAAAUCAUCUCCACAACCUACGUUUUCACCCACAAAGUCUUCAUUUUCAACAGCUGGGUGAUGACAAACAAACUCUGUCUGUUCUCGCUUCGCUUCUUCAACGAAUCAACUCUCUCGAAUCAUCUCUUCACCAUUUUUCUACUUCUUCGACUUCGAAUAAUCAUUGCCAUCCUUCGUAUUCUCUGAGAGAGGCAGCAGCCCGCAUUAUUCAAACCCAUUUCCGUGCCUUUCUUGUUCGUAGAUCAAGAACCCUAAGUCAGCUCCAGGACCUUGCUUUUAUUAAAUCCAGCUUAAACUCUCUCAAAUCCUCUAUCUCGAAUAAAACCCAAUUCAAUUGUGAGGUUAUUUCCCACAAAGCCAUGGACUUACUGCUCAAACUUGACUCUAUUCAGGGCGGUGAUCCUAUGAUCAGAGAUGGAAAAAGCUCAAUUAGCCGUGAUAUAGUGAGAUUUUUGGAGUUCGUUGAUGGGCUUGCAGCUAAAAGGAAUGGGUGCUCAUAUAAACCUGCAAAAAAUGUGCGAUCUGUUAGGAAUGGCAACAAAUCUAGGGCUUUGAAUGCCAGUAUUGGAUAUGGAGGUUUAUUUGAACAUCAGAAGGAAGUAGUGGACAAAUUGAGUGGCAGAGGCGAAAAGAUUCGUGGGUUUUCUAAGGUUUGUGGUGAUGAUGAGGAAGACGUGGUGCUUGAAGGGUUUCAGCAAUUCAUUGAUAACGAGGAAGAUGGGGAUGAAAACCCUAAGUUAUUCCCUAAUGGAAAGCAGGGUCUUUCCAUAAUUGGAAAUGGAGUUUUGAUCAGAAGCAAUUUUGGUCAAUCUAGAAAGAAGAAAACUGUCACCUUUGCUGAGAAUGGGAAUGCGUAUAGGGUUUUCAGUGACAACUAUGAGUCAAUAUUAAAUGGAGAAGGUAUUUUUGCUGAGGGGAGCAAUUCCAGUGAUGAUGAUCAUGGAGAGAAUAUGGAUUACAAUGUAAUUGAAGAGAGAAAGGGGAUCUCUAAAGGUACUGAGGAUGGUGAAGUUUUUGAGGAAGAGAAUGCAUCAUCUACACAGAGCAGUGAUGGUGAGGGGAAUCCUAUAAGAAAUGAUUAUGAAAUUCAUAGGGCUUGCCAGGAUCAAUAUGGAAGUUUAGUUUUCUCAGCUCCAGUGCCGGUGAAGAUGGAAGCAAAAGCUGAUUUGAUGAAGAAGAGACAGGCUGUGAAAAUCGUUAAGUAGGAGGGCCAUUUUUUGGGUUUGCAUUCUCAAAAUCUAGCAAAUUUUAUGGAUUUGUAGCAUCAUUCCGCAUUGUUUUUCCAAUUGUCAAUUGCUGGUGGAGGUCAAUAAAUUCUUCGGGUAGGAUGUGUAGGUGGGCUGUUUUUCUGGUGGGUAAAGUAACUGAUUGUAGGCCUCUCCUGCAUUUAUGUGGGAUUUGUGACUGUAAUUUGCUACCUUCUCCAACAAAUUUUUGACAUCUAGAGAAUGAUGAGAGCACCUGUUACUGUCGUUGUUUUAGUA